CACUCUGGGCUCGCUGCAGGCAGCAGGACGUCUCUACCUUCAGCUUCAAGGUAGUUAACCUGCGCAGGCUGUGGCAUCUCCAGUAUUGGAGGCUUUUAAGAGCUGUUAGAGAAGCAUCUGUCAGACAUCUUAUCCUCCGAGAGGAAUGGCUAGCACCUUCUGUCGUCUCCUGGCUGGCCGUGCAACCACUGCACUCUUUGCAGCCGCAGGCACAGGGGUGCUAACCACCGGGUACCUCCUCAACCAGCAAAAUGUGAAGGCUGCUGUUCAGGAAAAACGGAAACUCUUCCCUCCAAGUGCAGACUAUCCUGAUCUCCGUAAACAUAACAACUGCAUGGCUGAGUGCCUCACACCCGCCAUUUACUCCAAGCUAAGGGACAAGAUGACUCCCAACGGCUACACCCUGGACCAGUGCAUCCAAACCGGGGUUGACAAUCCUGGCCAUCCUUUCAUUAAAACUGUGGGCAUGGUCGCAGGUGAUGAAGAAUCCUACGAGGUGUUUGCUGAGAUUUUUGACCCUGUCAUUAAAGCAAGACAUAAUGGCUAUGAUCCACGGACAAUGAAGCACCACACGGAUCUGGAUGCAUCCAAGAUCACCCAUGGUCAGUUUGAUGAGCGCUACGUCCUCUCAUCACGGGUGCGGACCGGCCGCAGCAUCCGGGGCCUCAGCCUUCCUCCUGCCUGCACUAGGGCAGAGCGGAGAGAGGUGGAGAAUGUUGUGGUCACCGCGCUCGCUGGGCUGAAAGGAGACCUCUCUGGAAAGUACUACAGCUUGACCAAUAUGUCCGAGAGGGAUCAGCAGCAGCUUAUUGAUGAUCAUUUUCUCUUUGAUAAGCCAGUGUCUCCUUUGCUAACAUGUGCUGGGAUGGCACGUGACUGGCCAGAUGCCAGAGGAAUCUGGCAUAACAAUGACAAGACAUUUCUCAUCUGGAUUAAUGAAGAGGACCACACCAGGGUGAUCUCCAUGGAGAAGGGUGGCAACAUGAAACGGGUGUUUGAAAGAUUUUGCCGUGGUUUAAAAGAG